CCUCAAGGACAAUGGACCAAAUCCAGUGCGUCUGCGCCGGUUUCCCGGAAGUAUAUCCAAGCACGUGUAGCAUUUGACAACCUUGAAAAAACUACAAAACUAACUUGCAGCUUAUGUCUCAUAACAAACCGUUCCAGUGAUGCCAGUAACACGACUACUAUACCCUCUUUACCAGCUGGGCAACCCUCAGCUGAGGAUCUUCAGACCAAACUGGUUCCUCACUCUGGUGAGGCCGGGAAAAGAACAGCCUCCUGACACUGUCCAGUUUCGCAUUCCAUUGGAAAUGACCAAGUGUGACGUAAAGAACUACCUGGAGAAGAUCUAUAAUGUACCUGUAGGAGCAGUCCGCACCAGGAUACAAUUUGGCUCCAAUAAGAAGAGGAAUCACCUAAACCAGAAAGUUAAGCAGCCUGACUAUAAAGUAGCCUACGUUCAGCUGGAACACAAUGGCUUCUUGGCUCAUUUUGCGCUCUUUGCACCCCAGGCCCAGGGCCAGACGUUCACCUUCCCUGACAUCUUCCCGGAAAAAGACCGGAUGCCGUCGGAGGGCUCCAUGGAGGAGAUGCAGGAGAAGUUCAUGGAGGACGAGAAGCAGAGGCAGAAACUUGACCCCAGGAGAGGAGGGGUCACUGAGUGGUUCGGACUCUGAGACAGCCCACCGACCGAGAACUCUGUGCUCGUAUUUAUGUUUCGUUGGGUGCAACGUGUAUUGAUUUACAGCGCGACUCUCGUGAUGUCACUUCUAUUUCUGUAAGAAACACUCGCAAGUGUGUAGUAAAGAAGAAUGAGCAUGUGUGUGGGAGACUGGAGACAUGUGUUUGGUGUGUGUGUUUGUGUGUGAGUGAGUUUGCGAGGCUUGAGUCCAGUAACCCGAGCCAGAACAGAAUCACAGGAGGAGGAGAGUGGCCUGGCUCCAUCUUUCAUGAAACCAGCCCACCGUACAGAAUCUCCAUCACCUCAGAUGACCUCCUCCUCUUCCUCCUCCCACUCUUCCUGUUCCACCUCCUCUUUUAAUUCCUCCUCCUUGGCACCAAUACCCCUGCACCUCCUCUUUCUUUUGUCUCUCCUCAGGAGUUUCCUUUCCUUCUCGUCUGUCUCCUCUGCUGUCCCUGUUUCUCUUGUGCCCUCUCCUACUCUCCUCCUUCUCUGCCACGCUGGGGAGUGGUAUAUUGUGGUAUCCCUAGUAGCUCUGACUCUCGGCCAGUUGGAUCCAACUACCUGGACAACCCACAUCCUUUCCUCUUUUAUGAGUUUGCCUUGGAUUAAUUGACCACUUUAGGUAAACAACAAUUGAGAUGUUGUUUCAGCAAAGCAACGACAUGGAAUUUGCUGGAGUGUUUUAUUAUUUUGUGGUAGCACCUCUUGCCAUAUUCUGAGAAAAGAUUGUACCCAGUGUGUGUGUGUGUGUGUGUGUGUGUUUGCCUAGCAUGCGGGACUUGCCAGUGAAUCUGUCUAAUUGUAAGUACUGUUGGAAUAAGAACUAAUAAACGGUCACUUGUCCAAAAGUG